AUGGGUCCAUCUUUACCUUCGCCACACCAGAUAACUAACGCACUCUACGAGCUGGUCAUGGAAAGAGGGGGGCCUUUCGCCUUUGACAUCUCGCAGCGGUCUCUAGUGACGAAGAGCAUCGAGGACAUUGAUGCCGAACUAGUCAUGCUCACCAAGUAUGCAAUCGCCCUCUGUAAUCGCCGCAACUCACUCGUCGCCAUCUCGAAACUCCCUUCAGAGAUCCUAGCGGCGGUAUUUCAAGCAUUCUCUGACGCCUCACAUGGUCCCGCCCGCCACUCUCCGCUCCACCUCUGCAGCAUUUCAUGCCUCUCGUGGAUUAGCGUCACCCACGUGUGUCGAUUCUGGCGCUUAGUAGCGCUGGACCAUUCGACGCUGUGGAGCCAGCUCCCCUGCUUUCAUCGACGGUGGACAGUUGAGUUCCUGGCACGGGCGAAGAGCGCGCCGCUUGUCAUACAGGCAGCUGCGAGUGCAAGUUCAAAUGUCCUUUGGGGCCCAUCCGAGAGCGUGAAGACUGCCCUCACGCACAUUGCCCAAACGCGUGAACUCACGCUCAUGGUACCAUCUAAGAAGCUUCUGCAACAGCUGCUGGGUGGCGUCUGCGAUGCAGCACCGACACUUGAGUCGUUGCUUCUGAAGUCAUCACACAGUGGCUUCCACGACAUGCCGAAUGACGCCUACCACGUCCCUACACAGCUUUUCCUAGGCGCAGCACCUCGUCUUCGAAGGCUUAGCCUGUACAAUUGCAACAUUGAGUGGAGAUCACCCUUACUCGCAAACCUCACGCACCUCUGCAUUUCCGAUAUCGCCCCUGCCCUGCGUCCGAGCGGCAAUUCUCUGGCCGAGACACUCUCUCGCAUGCGGGCGCUCGAAGAUCUCAUCCUCGAAGAUUUUCUGGCUCAGGCCUCACCCCCUACAUCACCAUUUCCAAAUCACACCCGCACAACGCCAGUGGAACUCGUCCAGCUAUCACGUCUGCACAUCGGUGGCAGUGUCACUGAUGCCUCCGCCGUAUUCUCUAUCAUCCGCCUCACCAGGCCACUCCAGCGUCUAGGUCUACACUGCAAGCACGUCAACACCCCCAAACAAGACUUCGCCGCACUGCGGCCCAUCAUCGCUGCCCUAAAUCACAAGGCCCACCCCUCUGGCCACUCCCAGUCACACUUACAGACAAACCCAACGCCUCAGUACUCCCACAGCCCAUCCAGCCUCUACUUCGGCAGUACUUCGCAGCACAGCGCCCGUUUCAUCUACACAAGCUGGUGCGGCUCCGAUCCCGACUUUAGGUUGCCUUACUCCUUCAAUACCACAUCCGACACCACAUGCGUCCCCACCCUUCCCACUCUCACCAACGACAGUGUCAUACUACGCCUCUCGUACGAGUCCCUGCCUGAGACUGCCACCGAGGUCAUUGCCGCGGCCGCAGACGCGCUGGACCUGGGUGCAGUAGCAGACGCCGAGCUUUGUGGCAGCGCGUUGCCCAGCCCGUGCUACGAGCUGCUCCUGACACGUCUGCGGACACUAGAGACCCUCCGCGCGUCCCAUCUGGACGCGGACAUUCUCACGGCGUCCCUCCUGCCCCGAGUCGUUGACUAUGCCACUGAUGGUGAGGACGGCAGUAACGAUAACACCAUCGCCAUAGCCGCGCCAUCUUUGCGCAAACUUACCCUCUCCCGUGUGUACUUCGGGGCAGACUUUGGUCUGAAUAUAGGUGACAUGCCCGCGUUCGCUGCGUGCAUCUCGCAUCGUCGACAGUACAGCUCCCUGCUUGACAAGCUGGAACUGCGAAAGUGCUGGAACUUUGCGGUAUACGACUGGGCGUCGCUCAAAGGACUUGUCAUCGACCUCGACUGGGACCGCAUCGAGCGAUGGGAAGAAGAAGUAACGGUCAUAUCAAAUAGCUCAGGAGAAUGA